CCUCUGUUCUCAACAUCUCCCUGAAGGGAUGGAGAACUCAUCGGUGGCAUCGGCCUCCUCGGAGGCGGGGAGCAGCCGCUCUCAGGAGAUCGAGGAGCUGGAACGUUUCAUUGACAGCUAUGUCCUGGAGUACCAGGUCCAGGGGCUCCUGACAGAUAAAACAGAAGGGGAUGGAGAGAGUGAGAAGACACAGUCCCACAUCUCCCAGUGGACGGCGGACUGUAGCGAGCAGCUCGAUGGCAACUGUUCCCCAUCCCGAGGGAAGGGCUCAUCAGCUCAUGAACACAAUCAGGGAGAGUGGGAUCACAGCAGCAGUGGGAGCACAGGAUCCCGGCCGGGGUCGGGUUCCAGGUGUGGGUCUGGAUCCAGGUCUGGCAGGCGUGGGAGAAGCAGCCAGUUCAGGCAAUCAUCCAAGAAUGGCAACAAGGAGACCUCCCUUGACAUGCUGGGCACGGACAUCUGGGCUGCCAACACCUUUGAGUCCUUCAGUGGUGCGACGUGGGACCUGCAGCCUGAAAAAUUGGAUUUCACCCAAUUUCACAGGAAGCUCCGAAACACCUCCAAACAUCCACUGCCUCACAUAGACAGAGAAGGGCUUGGAAAAGGGAAAUAUGAGGAUGGUGAUGGCAUCAACUUGAACGACAUAGAGAAAGUCCUUCCAGUGUGGCAGGGUUACCACCCGUUGCCUCAUGAAGCUGAAAUUGCACACACCAAAAAACUCUUCAGAAGGAGAAGGAACGACCGGAGGAGACAGCAAAGACUUCCUGGUGGGAACAAGCCUCAGCAGCACACAGAUCAUCAGCAAGGUGGCACCAAACACAACAGGGACCACCAGAAGGUCUACCAAGGAGGCCAAGCCCCUCACUCCUCAGGUAGGACGGGCCACCAUGGCUACAGCCAGAACAGGAGAUGGCACCACAACCAGAAACACUCCCCCAGUGACAAAGAAACUCACAGAAAUGCCAAAGAGACUGAGAAUUUGAAAAUCGAGGACACCGCCGUCGGCACGGUGCACAUUCCCAUGGAGACUCCCCGAGGGCAGGAAGCUGUGGAGAAGCAGUCCCAGCAGUACCCCCAGGAGUCAGAGACCAAGAGGAAAGACAUUAUUCACGGGGAGAGGCCCAAGAUCAAUUUGCUUCAGUCUUCCAAAGACAGGCUGAGGAGGAGGCUAAAAGAAAAGAUGCCUUGUCUUUCCCUUUUCACGGACCAGGACGAAGUCACGGUGGAAACCACCAAUCCUGAAAAGAACAAAAUGGACAAAUUAAUUGAAAUCCUCAACAGCAUGAGGAACAACAGCAGUGAUGUUGACUCCAAACUCACUACCUUCAUGGAGGAAGCCCAGAACUCCACCAACUCUGAGGAGAUGCUGGGGGAGAUAGUCAAAACCAUCUACCAGAAAGCAGUGACGGACCGCAGUUUUGCUUCCACGGCAGCCAAGCUCUGUGACAAAAUGGCCCUUUUCAUGGUGGAAGGCACCAAAUUCCGGAGUCUGCUCCUCAACAUGUUGCAGAAGGAUUUCACCAUGCGGGAGGAGCUGCAGCAGCGGGACGUGGAGCGCUGGCUGGGGUUCAUCACCUUCCUCUGUGAAGUCUUUGGCACCAUGAGGAGCAGCACUGGUGAACCCUUCAGAGUCCUCGUCUGCCCCAUUUAUACCUGCCUCAGGGAGUUGCUGCAAUCUCAGGAUGUGAAGGAAGAUGCUGUGCUUUGCUGCUCCAUGGAGCUGCAGAGCACUGGCCGACUGCUGGAGGAGCAGCUGCCCGAGAUGAUGACGGAGCUGUUGGCGAUAGCACGGGACAAGAUGCUCUGUCCCUCCGAGUCGAUGCUCACAAGGUCCCUGCUCCUGGAGGUCAUCGAGCUGCACGCCAACAACUGGAACCCCCUGACUCCCACCAUCACGCAGUACUACAACAAAACCAUCCAGAAACUGACAGCAUGAGGGGGCAGGGCAAGGUGGGGUGGGAAGGGAUGAGGAGAAGACGUGCACCUUGACGGAAUCCGGCGAGAGCUUCGAGCCCCCAGCAGACCAAACCCCAGCAUGCUUGAGAAUCUGUUUGUGGGGUGGGGAGGGAGAAGCAUGUUUCUUUUUCCAGCCACGUUGCCAAGUGCCACCUCACCAUGGUUUUGGGGUUUCUGUUGUUUUGUUUUAUUUUAUUUUAUUUUUCAACUCGUUGCUCCAGCAAGCAUCCACGCGUCCCACUGGGUUAUUGUUUGGCUUUAAAAGAAGUCAGAGAAUUUGGGAGGGGGGGGAAGGGGACUAAAAAAUAAAAAAACAACAAAUCAAACAGGAAAAAAACCCAAAACCAAACAACAAAACAAACAACAAAAAUCCCUGAAUCCAAGUGGGGGUUAGUAUUGUUUUCACUCCAUCCUCCUGCUGUGCUCUGGCCAGCAGGCAGCAGAUGUCUUGGGAGGACAAAGCCAGACACACACCACACCAAGCAUUCAUCACUGGUGGCUUUGUUGACCAUUCAGGAUUUUUUUUUUCCACCCCCUUCCUCUUCUUGUCUUUGACUUUCCAUGUCCCCCCAGCCCUUGGAUGGGAGAGUGGGACAACUUUUCUUAUUUGCACUGGGUUUUCAUUUCUCUCGAGCCUUGGUGGGUUUUUUCCUUAAGAAAAGCUUGGGGAUGGAGAACACGAUGCCUUCCCACCAGCUGGCUGCUGGGUUCACAUGAAGAUGCUGAAGCAGAAGGAGUAUUUUAAAGGAGUCCACUGCAGAAGCCUCCAUCAUCUUGCCAGUAAUCUCCUUGAUGGGUUGAGAAAUGUGUCCUCUGAGCUGGGAGCUCUGUGGUUCUUGCUGCUUAAGUCACCGUUAUCCCUCAACCACUAUAACCCAUUUAUUUUAUUUUUUUAAUGAUUUCUUAUUUUGUUGUUGUUGUUUCCAUUGAAGGAGUGCUUUACUGUAAUUACUGUCGUGGUUGUAAUUAUACAGUUAAAUCCAGGCCCCUUAAAGUUGGGCCUAAUAAUGUACAGGAUGAGGGAGAAAUGAAGGUUUGAUGUUUUUUCCUUGGAAACUGGGAAAGCGAAGACAAGGUGUGAACAGCAAAAACAAGGAGAAAGGAAAAAAAAAAAAAAAAAGAAAGAAGCAGAGUUUAAAAAAAUAGGAAAAGCCAAAAAUAGAAGUUUUGAGCCUGGCUUCCAACUUGUUGAAUUUGCUACUCCAUGUUUCUAAGUGUGAGGUGCACCAGAGCCCCUCUGUCCUGUGGUUGGUGGCACCGUAUCCUCAAGGGAUGGGUGACACUUUCAGAGGGGGAGAUUUUGCUUGGGUUGCUCUUUUUUGGAGCAUCCAGAGGGAGAAGAUGGUUGUGGGGAAGGACGUCGAGAUGCCACUUGAGUGAGGAAACGCCUGGAGGAUGAGGAGUCUGGGAAAGAGGGACACACCACACCCCAAAUCAUGACCAAGGCUUAGUGGUCUCUUCAUUUGCUUGUUUAAUAAUGCUUUUACCCACUAGAUCACUUCUGGUGCUUUUACAGACCCUGCCUGGGACUGAACUCAGCAGCUCAAACCCAUUUUUUUCAAGAAAAGCGUUGAGUUUCUGGUGGCUUGUAGAGAAGGGCUGUUUCACCCCAACCUCUUUGGAUGUGCAGAAUGUUCUCGGGUGCCUUAUGAAUGUGUUGGUCUGUCAGUGGUGAGGAGGAAGCUUUCACUGCACAAUUUCAAGGGGCAGAAAUUUUCAGCAGAGAAAUGUGUUGCUGGAGAUGAGAGUCCUGAUGCUGCAGUUCAAGUUCUCCUCCCUCCAUGGAGGUGUUCAAAGCCAGGCUGGAUGGAGCAACCUGGUCUAGUGGAAGGUUGUCCCUGCCAUGGUGCGUACAAGAUGAUCUUUAAGGUCCCUUCCAACCCAAACCUUUCUCUCUGUAUUAUUUUGAGUUUUCAUCCAGCUGUCUGCUGAUAUGGAUUCAAAUCUUCACAUGGAGCAGGCUGGAACCAGGAGCUUCAAUUUUCCUGUUGACCCAGCAAGCAGCAAAAUUAUUCCUGGGUACGUUGGACCUGUCUGGAGAAAAGAAUUCCAGCUUUCUGGAUUGGAGCCCAGGAGCUUCGUGCGGAGACGGUGCCUUGGGUUGAAUCAGCUUCAUUAGGAGCAACGAGGUUUGAUAGUAUUAAUGAGCAGCUGAACUUGACCAAGGUGGCAAAGCCCAACAGUAUUUUAAGGCUUGGGCUUGUACCCAUUCCUCUUGGGUUUUCCUGCUCCCUGGGUUCUCAAGGAGAAGAGGAGAAGAAAGGGAUUUAAUGCGUGGCACACCCAAGCUCAGCAUCAGUCUGGGAGAAGACCUGAAAAUCAGUUUUAUCUUGGUUUUCUUUUUUAAAGAACAGAAAGGUCCUAUAAGAAGGACACAAUUAUGGGUUGGGGUGCCAAGGGUCCUGCCAGCAGCAGUCCAGACCACCGCUCCAGCCCCUGCAGCUUCUCCCUUCCACCGGGAAUUUUCUCUCGGGAUAUAGCGAAAGAAGACACAAAUAAUAAAAAGGAGAAAUAAAAGAAAAAGGAAGAAAUAAAAGAAAAAGAAGAAAUACAAGAGAAAACCCAGAGAACUGCGCGUUUUGCUUCUAAAAAUCAGAAUUUUCACCCAGCAGGGCAUCAGGAGCCAUUCAGAAGCAAAGUGUAAGUCUUGAGGCAGUAUUUCUGCUUAAGCUUUUCCCUGCCAGCCAUGAGGGUUUAUUCAGUUUUCCCACUUGGAUGCAAUCCUGCAAGCCCCCAACGGUGGGGUUUGGCCCUUUCAACACCAGGAUUUCUCCCACUGGAGGACUCUGAUAUGAAAUCCAUUGGGGAUUUUUGAUGUCUUACCAUUUGUCCCCACUAUUAACGUGCGUUCACCCGACUUGAAUACAUCAGUCGCUCCAUUCAGACACAAGAAGCAAAACAUUGACCAAAAAAUGGGGUUCUUUUUCCCCAAAAUUACAUGCUGCCCCUGGUAUCUUCCCACAAUCUAUCCACAGGAAGCCAGUGAGCGUGUGACAUCAAUAACCAUGUUGGGAAAAGAGGUACCACGAGGUCAUUUGAUGGAGCAGUGCUGAGUCCUGGUGAAAGCACCUAAGGAUGUCAUCGAGUGUUUUCUCCUUUUUUUGGUGGUUUCUUUUGGAUAUUUUGGGGGUUUUUAUUUGUUUGUUUUCUUUAGAAACAGUCACCAAAGAGUGUUAAUUCUACAUCAUUCAUUUUAGAAGGUGUGAAGCCACUAGCUACACCUCCCCCUCUGGAACCAUCCAGAGCCAUCCCUCUUGGCUGCUCAAUAAACAUAUCCACCUGGAGUUUUAAUACCUUUUUUUUUUCCUGGAAGGCUUCAUCAGCCAAGGGGAAAAAAACCACCUCCUCGGGCCAAAUAUGUGUGGGGCCAAAGCUUGGGCUAGCCUAAAGGCAAGUGGCUUUGGGAUCUGCAAGAGGAAUGAUGCUCUGCAGCACCGCCGUGCUGGCCCGCCCUGUGGAUGCAGAGAGGGUUUGCUGACUCCCCAGCAUCAACUUCACCUCAUUCCUGGUGAAAUUCUUCCCAAAAUGAAGAGGUUUGGGGUUGGUUGUUCUGUUUUUUUGCUACCCAUGGAGUGACUUGCUUGCUUUCCCCAUGAGGGUUUUCACCCCCGUUGUGGAGAAAUCUCCUGUAUGUGGAGGUGAAGUGAAAAUGGGGAGGGGGGGGGGGUGGAAAAAAGGGAAAAUGAAGCAAUUUGCUUCGUUCCCCUCUUCCCCAAAAGGAGAUUAAUUAGUAUCUAUUCUUGGCAUGAUUGAUGGCUUUGAAGGCAAACUUGUCAGAAUAACUUAUGAUUUAUUUUCAUGCUUAUUUUUCUACCAUCCCUCACUCAGAAGUCUCUCAAAAUCUUAUAUAUAUUAUUUUUAAUUUUUUUUUUUAAUUAUUAUAAUAUUUUUUUCCCUUCUGGGUAUUUUAUGGCUCUACACUAACCUUGCUCUUGGUGUUAGCUAUUAGCCAAUCAUGGUGAUACUCUCAGUAUUUUUUAUUUUGCAGGAGAAACAACACAGAUGGUUGCAAAGCCCACUGUGGAUAACCAAGGGAGUUGUGGUGUCCUGCAGAAGUUAACACUAUAGCAACUCAUUAUUAUCUUUUUUUUUUUUUUUUUAACCUAUUUAUUUGCAUUUGAAACAAAACAAAACAAAACAAAAAAAGCAACGUUUUUAAUUUAAUCAUAUUUGCUAAACUAAGCGCUUUAAAAGAAAGAAAUAAAAUAAAAACUAAAGAAAAAGGUUUUUGGGGGGGAGGAUAAGGACUAGAUAUUCAUACUAGUGAAAAGACAAAUUCAUCAUUUUCAGCAUUUCAGAGACUGUUAAAACAAGGGAGCGAAUAAAAAAACUCUUUGUGGAGAUUCAGUCUUUGUUUCUGGAACAUCCAGCCCCACUGUAUGCUCUAAAAAUGCAUCAUCUGAGUAAUAAAUGUUUCAAGCUUGA